CUUCUUAACACCCCGCACACUGUCCCAUCCCUAAAUAUUUUCUCAAACUUAACUUGUCAGGCUCAAUAAAUAUUUUCAAGGUAGGAUCCUUUUUAAAGAAUUGAGCAAACUAACAUUUUCAAGAAUUGGUGUUGAGUUGAGUUCCCAAAUAUCUUUACUAGUAGUUUAGUCGUGAAUGAAGCUACUGCUCUCAUCCUUGUCUAAAGUAAGGGCAGCCCAUUGUCGAGCUAUCAAGUUAGCACACAUCACUGAUACAUACAUUGCCACUCCUAUCUUAAACGGAUACACAAAAUGCAGAGAAAUUGGUACUGCUCUCAAGAUGUUCGACGAAAUUCCCCACAGAGAUACUGCUUCUUGGAACAUCAUGAUUUCUGGAUAUGUCAAUUCUGGGAGAUUUCUGAGUGCUUGGGUGUUCCUUAAUUUGAUGAAAGAAGAUGGGUUUUGUUUAAAUGAAUAUACUUUUGGAAGCAUACUGAAGGGUAUUGCUUCUAAUGGCUUAUUGUCCUUAGGUCAACAGGUGCACUGUGAUGUGGUUAAAAUGGGCUAUGUCGGGAAUGUUUAUGCCGCCAGUGCGCUAUUGGACAUGUAUGCUAAGUGUGGAAAAGUUGACGAUGCAAAUGAAGUGUUUCAAACCAUGCCUGAACGUAAUUAUGUCUCAUGGAAUGCUAUAAUAGCAGGGUAUGCAGGGAAAGGUGAUAUAGAUUAUGGUUUUUGGUUGUUGAGAGGUAUGGAGCAAGAGGGAGUGCAGCUGGAUGAUGGAACCUUCUCUCCGCUUUUAACGUUACUUAAUGACGAUAAGUUUUACAAGUUGACUAUGCAGGUUCAUGGAAAAGUUGAAAAACUUGGUUUAGGUUGUGAGGUCAAAGUGUUUAAUGCUCUAAUUACUGCGUAUUCCCAAUGUGGCAGUAUUGAAAGUGCGGAAAGUGUUUUUGAUGGUACUAUUAGUUGCAGAGAUUCAGUAACGUGGAAUUCAAUGCUAGCAGCUUAUUUAGAACAUGACAAGGAGAAGCAAGCAUUUGAACUAUUCUUGUACAUGGAAAGGCUUGGGUUGGAAAUGGAUUCUUAUACAUAUACUAGUAUAAUAAGUGGUUGUUUUGAGGUAAGACAUAACAGUCAAGGGAAGUGUUUACAUGCUUUGGUUAUCAAGAGGGGAUUGGAAAAUGUAACUAUAAUCUCGACUGUGUUGAUUUCGAUGUAUGUCAAAUCAUGCACAAACUCUAUGGAUGAUGCACUGACAGUAUUCGAAAACCUGGAUGCAAAGGAUUCUGUUUCUUGGAACUCCAUUUUGACCGGAUUGUCACAGAAGGGUUGGAGUGAAAUUGUUUUCAAAAAGUUUACAAAGAUGAGGGUGGAAAACCUGGAGAUGGAUGAGUAUUCCUUUUCUGCCACCCUGAGAUCGUGUUCAGAUUUGGCUACUCUUCGAUUUGGUCAACAAGUUCAUGCCUUUGCACUAAAACUACGGUCUGAGUCAUAUAAGUAUGUGAGCAGUGCUUUGAUACUUAUGUACUCCAACUGUGGAAUCAUUGAAGAUGCUUGGAAGUCCUUUGAAGUUUCUCCCAAAGAGAGUUCGAUAUCUUGGAACUCGAUCAUGUUUGCUUAUGCACAACAUGGGCAGGGUAAGCUCGUGCUUGACCUCUUCUUCCUAAUGAAACAAAGCGAAGUGAAAGUUGAUCAUAUCACUUUUGUGGCAGUCUUGACUGCGUGCAGUCACACUGGUUUGGUUGAAGAAGGUUGCCGUUUUUUUGAGUCUAUGGAAGCUGAUUUUGGAAUUGUUCCUAGAAUGGAACAUUAUGCUUGUGCAAUUGAUUUACUUGGGCGGGCUGGGCGUCUUGAGGAGGCAAAAGAUCUAGUUAAAGGGAUGCCAUUUGAUCCUGAUGCAAUGGUUUUGAGAACUCUACUCGGUACUUGUCGAUCAUGCGGUGAUAUUGAUUAUGCAAGUGAGGUGGCUAGCCAUUUGCUCGAAUUGGAGCCGGGAGAGCAUAGCACCUAUGUUUUGCUCUCAGACAUGUACCGACAAUUCAAGAAGUGGGAUAAUAUAGCUACUAUUAAGAGGCUGAUGAGGGAAAGGAAUGUCACUAAGGUACCUGGUUGGAGUUGGAUAGAAGUGCAAAACGAGGUGCAUGCUUUCAAUGUGGAGGACCUAUCACAUACUCAUUGCCAUGAGAUUUAUGCAAAAUUGAGAGAGUUGACAGAUGAGAUCAUGUUCUCUGAAUCUGAAAAUGCUAGCGGCUUAACGAUUUCUACGGGUGAUCAGGAAUCAGUGGUUUAACAAUGGAUUCAAGCCAAUGAGGUUCUUGUCAGUCUGGUGCCUUUAUCUUGUCAAAAUGGAUAAGCAUGAUCUACUGAAAAGUUGACCCAGCCCUCAGGGAAGUAUCUGUAGCUGCAUCUGCUGUCUGAAUAAAUGGAGCACAAGGAAUACCAACGUGCAGAUUGUGUCAAAUACUCCACUAGUAUUAACACUUUCUCAUUUGAUGAUACUUUGCUGUCCUUGAUGCAAGAACAGAAAAGAGAGAAUAUCGGUGAAGCUGAUGAUUUGCAUCUUUAAAUUCAGAUAGCAAGGAACUAUAGUUUGCAUGAACAGGUGGAGGAAGUACAUCGAACUAUGAAGAUUCAAGCGAAGUUCAAUAGAGCCAAGAGUGCAUCAUGAAGAAUCUAGAUGCUAUUAAAGUCAUUUUGGAUAGGUCACAGAAACUACCAAGCACAUUGACAGGAAGAGCUUGGAACGCGUCAACAACAAAUGAUCACAAAAGUUUUGCAGCUCAAACUGAAUCAGUAAAGCACAAGAUGCUAUGCAAGAAGAAGUAUUGACAUGCUAUUCUGCAGCAUCGUGGAUCCUGUGUGAACGAUUCAAGAAGUUGAAUGUUUUUACUGAUUGACUAGAUAUGUAAGAC